UUUAGACGUUGCACUUACGUGAGAGGAUUUUGGGUGGAGCUAUAAACUGGAUUUGUUCGCAGCUGAACAUGGCGUCUGUAUGGGUGAGAGAUGCAUUCAGUGGCAGGUUGCAGUUGCUCGUAGUGGAUCCCGGGGCCGUGGCGUUGGAUUUGCUUUGCCAGGAGUGGAUGACCAUACCACUGACUGACUUUUAUGUCAAGUGUAACGGGCACCUGGCCGACCUUGAAGAAAAACUGCAGGAUGGACAGACCUACAGCAUCGAACCUCGACUGUGUGGAGGAAAAGGGGGCUUUGGUUCUAUGCUCAGAGCACUCGGUGCUCAGAUUGAAAAGACCACAAACCGUGAGGCCUGUCGCGAUCUCAGUGGGAGGCGACUUAGAGACGUGAACCAUGAGAAAGCGAUGGCCGAAUGGACAAAGAAACAAGCAGACCGUGAAGCAGAAAAAGAGCAGCGACGUCUGGAAAGGCUACAGCGUAAACUGGCAGAGCCAAAGCAUUAUUUCACCGAUCCAGAAUACCACAAACAAUGCAAUGACAUGUCCGAGAGACUGGAAGAAGCUGUAAUUAAAGGGCUACAGGCCUCUACCAGCAGUGUGGUUUCUGCUGAGUCAGAUGAUACCCGGAAACGGAAGAAGAACAUGUACUCUAGCAAAGGGACAUCUGGCAAAAAGAAAUGCUGUUGGACAGGACUGGAAGGGUUAGAAGUCUCUUCUAGCUCUGAUUCUGGCAGUGAUGGUGACCUUGAUGAAUCUCCUUGCUCAUCAUCCUCAUCAUCAUCGGAUUCUAAAAACCAUGAGAACAUUAAUGAGCGACUGCAUAGGUCAGUGUCUCCGAGCAGCUCGGACGGGUUAGAAGAAGCCAGUUCUGAUGGAUCACAGCAAAUACCGAAAGAGCAAACCAGUUGCAGCGGAUCAGACCAAAUCCUCAAGGACCCUUCCAGUUCUGCUGGAUCACACCAAAUCCCACAGUUGCAAUCCAACUCAAAAGGCACUGAAUACAUUCAAGAGUCGCAAACCUGUCCGGUGGAGUCAGAACAAAAUACAAAGACUCAGAAUAGCUCAGAUGGAUCAGAAAAAACCCCAACAACUGCCAUUUACAAUGAAACCGGCCCAGCCAGUACAGUACAGGAUGAGCAGAAAUUUGCAGCUCUCAGUAUUUUGGAACCCAAGGCCGAACUUCAGCAGCCAUCAAGCACAGAACCUUCGCCUAUAGACCUCCUGGCAUAUAAGACUGCGGCAGAGCUGGAAGCCCUGGGAUUGGAGAAGCUGAAAUUGGAGCUUGUUGCACUUGGCCUGAAAUGUGGCGGAACCCUGCAGGAGAGGGCAGCGAGGCUCUUUUCUGUGCGUGGACUUUCCAGAGACCAGAUUGACCCAUCAUUGUUUGCUAAACCUGGUAAAACAAAAAAGAAAUGAAGUGAUUCCACAUACUUUGUAUUGUUCUCAUGGCAUGACUGAAGAUCAGCCCCCUGUUUUAUUUUUCUACAACAACAGUGAAUAAAGUUUUUGCCUACA